CAGUUUUUACCCCCCUUCUCCACUCGUUCUGCCGAGCUAACAGUUAACUGACAACACCUCUAUCUAAUCUGUUAUCUGGGGUCCGUACUGUCAAGGACGUUAUUUAACUGGGUUAUUUUGAUGCUGUAUCUACAGGAGAAACGGAUGUUGACUUUUGCGGUCACGGUUUGAACGUGGGUAUAGCAAAAGACUGGUCCUUCCCCCGCCCUCAGGCAUACGGUACGAGGGCAGCGCCAGAGAAAAGCAGGCAGCCGCGAUAGUUUUGUUUUGAGCAUACGCUGUACCGAGAGCUUAACUUUUGUGGAGUUAAAAAGACAAAGCUGACUUUUAGCUAAGGGUCAAACAGCGCGACGAGAGACUUUUAAGGGCAGCUAAGCGCCUCGUGUAACCGCUCGUGGUGAAGCUGGUAACGUUAGCGUGAUCAAUAUGGUGACUUUGUCAUCCGUAAUAAGACCUCUAGCUUCACAGCUUCACCGACGGCUCGUCAGACACGCCAAGAGUCACCGGAUAACGCCUGUCAGGAGAUGCAACCUCACGGCGUGCUCAAGCAAAUAUGUGCUGUCGCAGAAAUGCAUCAGGAAGCAGCUGAGUACAACAUGAAAAUGCAUCCCAUGUGGCAGGGACCCCUCGAGGUACCGGGAGGUGAAUGUCAGUCUCCCAUCGACAUCGUCGUUCGGAAGAGCGUCUUCGACUCGGAGCUGAAGCCUCUGGUCGCCGAUUACGACCCGCAGACCUGCCAGCAGAUCUGGAACAACGGUUACUCCUUUCUGGUCGAGUAUGAUGACACCACAGACAAGUCCACGCUUAAAGGGGGCCCCCUGCAAGACAAAUUCAGACUGUGCCAGUUCCACUUCCACUGGGGUGAGAGCAACGCCUGGGGGUCGGAGCACACGUUGGACAGGAGGCUGUUCCCUGCAGAGCUCCAUUUGGUCCACUGGAACUCUGACAAGUACAGUUUGUUUGAGGAGGCAGUGAUUGAGGACAACGGACUGGCUGUGAUUGGAGUCUUUCUUAAGGUGGGAAAGAGACAUGAGGGGCUCCAGAAACUGGUAGACGCCCUGCCUGCUAUCAGACAUAAGGACAGUGUCGUAGAGUUUACCAGGUUUGACCCCGCCUGUCUGUUACCCGCCAACACUGAUGAAUACUGGACGUACCACGGCUCUCUGACAACACCCCCUCUGACAGAGUCCGUCACCUGGAUCGUUAUGAAGCAGCCCAUAGAAGUCAGCCAUGAUCAGCUCGCGGUCUUCCGCAGCCUUCUGUUCACCUCAGCUGAGGAAGAAGUGCAGAAGAGCAUGGUGAACAACUUCCGCGUGCAGCAGCCCCUCUGCGGUCGCACCGUCCGCUCUUCCUUUUCUCCCUUUCUACAAGAAAUGCCAUCGGCUGAAGACAACAAGCACGCCCACUAACUCUCCUGCUCCCAGCACACACAUCCUGUCACACAGUAACACACACAGCGACCACCGUUACACACACGGGCCGUAUCAAAAUCAGCUGUCCAGACUCUGCUUUCUAUUCGCUCUGACACGACAAAAUGUGUCUCAGCAACAUUUGAAGCAGGAAACAAGUAUGACAAAGUUUUCUCAGAGUAACUUCAUUGACCAUAAACUGUUUCACAUGGAGGGUGUAGGGAAACUUUUAUUUCUGAGAUUUUAAUUUCCUAAAGUUUUUUCCUUUGGUUUGACAGCCAAUGACAAAUAAGGGAUGGUUGCCAUGGGGAAAAUAUGUAGUUUUAUUGAUUUUUAUUAACAUGAAUCAUAUUUAUUAUACGUUUACCGUCCUUCAAGUUACUGUACGUGAGUAUUCAACAGCACUAGCCUCAGUCUGUAAUACAGCAGAGUCUGCUCUGAUGUUUAUCCAUAUAAGGAGGCUGGAGUCGCUGCUAGUUUACAGCAGAAAGCUAUCAUAUCAUCAAAGAUUUUGUACCACAUUUGUCACUUUUUAAAAUCCUGUAUGGUGUGUUGUUGGGUUUAACCUUGAUUUUAUCAUUCAUGCAUUAAUAAGAUGGACAGAAUGCACAUUUCCUUCAUCUGUUACAAAGAGAUUAUACUUUAUACAGUACAUCAGAAACUUUUAGUUUAAUGCAGUAUGUGACUUUCAAACAUCCAGCACAUACAGCAGAGUUUUAAAGGAACUCUGAGCUUUGGUUCUUUUUCGUCAAACUAUUAAAUAUGAUAACGCACAAACUAACUUGCCAUGUUACCGUAGCACAUAUACAGAAUGCAUUUAGAAAAUAUUCUAAUUAAAAUAAGCAGUUCUCUUCCAUAACUUCAAGUACUAAAAAUACCACAACUACAGUGCCUUAAAUGUUCUCUGUGUGAAUCACUGCAGUUGGCAGAGUUUCCAUGAAGCUCUGGUUCAAGUGCUGCAGUUAGACAUGUGCUCACAGUAGCAGUCAAGGCUCAGGUGACAUUUACGGUGAUCUUCACCUCAUUUAUCUUCUUUUUUGGGAUGGAGUGAAAAGUGAAAUGGAAUCAGCAUCAGCUUCCUUAACAUACGACUGUGCUUCAGUCAGUAAGCAACACGGGAGGUUAAGUUACUUUCCUGUUCCUCCUUCAGUUAUUCAUUUUUGGGGUUGAAGAUUAAUCACGUGAUUAAACAAGUUAUAGUGUUUUGGGCUGGGAAAGGACUUAAAGACUUACACAUAUUGUUGUAGUGUAAUGUAGAGCCUCUGCACUGAUCUAUACUGUUGCUUUACUUUGUUACUGUCAUUAUGAAGUGGGACCAACCGACUACGCAGACAGAUAUGUCCAUAUUGAAAUUCAUUAUAGAGAGUUACAUCUUGUGUAGGAUCUGUUCUGUUCACUUCUCUAACUCAGUCCAAUCUUUCUUUGGUCUUUCUGAAAAAUGAAGCAUGUUUCUGAGGUUUACUUUCCAUAUUCCAGGACAGAAUCGUUAAACUGCGAUUAUGCUGUGACCACAGAAAAAAACUACAGCUCCCAUGGAAGAAAACUACAAACACGGUCUCUGUUGUCACUCAAACAGUUGAGCUGAGUUAGUCUGAGCUAGUGGUGCCUUGCCUCUUUGGCUGAGCAGUGAUGAUUAGCUCUUAAAGUUGUGGGGCUAAUGGGGAACCGUGUUCAUUAAGGCCAUUUAAACCCAAAGAUGCCGUAAGAACCCAGACCCCUGUUUUCUUUAUAGGAAAAUUGUGGGGGAUAUAAAACAGAUAAAAUGAACUAAUUCUGAAGUUAAGAAAAAGUACCUCCUAGUGUCCAAGAUCUGGAUUGUUACAUAUGUUACAUUGGGUGUUUAUAGUAAAUCAUUAUUGUGUCACUGUUGGUUCUUAUGGGUGAGUUAAACAAAAAUAUUAAUGGCAAUUCUGGAACAGAACCUGGAAGAUUCAGUUUGACUUCGGCUCUCUGUUUGAGUUAUGGCACACUAGAUGUUCUUUAUCCAGAGCUUCAAAAGCUUCACACUAAAGUAAAUCAGAAACUUCUCUGUGUUUUUUGACAUGAUCCAACAAGCAGACACCAUUGACGAAGAGGAUUAAGUAUUUAAGGGGGAACAUAUGCAACCUUGCAUCAUCUAAACAAGUCUGACAGCCCGCCUGCUUUGCCUCGUGUCCAACAGUCGUGAUGCAUGGUGAUAUCUUACUGUGCAGCAGAAUUAGAAAAUAAAGAGAGAGAGAGGAUUGAGGAAAAGCUGGGCGGGAGAGAUGGUAGGGACGAUGGAAAGUUAUCGCAAGGUUCUGAUUUUGGCUCACAGCAUUAAAUGAGCAGUUAAGUGUCUCAGAUGUGUCUGAUUUCAGAACAGGAAACUGUAAUUGCACUACAGAGCAGAAAACCACAUUACACUUCUAACGCUCACAUGUGAGUUUACUCCACUGACAUUACAUUUGAGUUGAGGCAGGGGGUGAGAGGUCACGGUUGUGUGCAUAAUCCCUGGGUAACAAUGCAACUGUCCAAGAAUUCCCGCCCCUCAAGCACACACGCUCACGUCCUCCAUCAGCUCCCCAGUUGAGGCCCAGCGUGAGGCCACAUGCUAACAGGGUAUGUACUGAAAGGUUCUGACACUAUGUGAUGUUAACUCAUAGCGAAAGCUGCUGAUUUGCUCGACGCUGAAGGAGUGUGCUUUGGUGUGGAAUUUUGUGUCACGCGUUAAUAAGACCUUUAGGAAUGUUGUAUGGUUACCUUUACUUGCUUUGCAAAUGAUGCUGUAUAGAAUCUGUUUUCAUUGUGUUAUACUAACAGGGAGACAAGGGACCCAUUACUGCCUUCAUCUUGUACGGCUGUAUUUUAUUGAUGUAUUUGAAUUGUGCACCAUGAACUGCCUCCAUGUUUCAUGACAUUUUUCACAUAUGAAGUUACAAUUUCAUGCUUUUUUUUUCAUUUUUUAACUUUCAGAUUGUCAUUUCUCUACAUGGGUUUUUCCUGCCAAAAAUCUUAUUUUAAGUGUCUGCCUUUUUCAACAGUACAAUGCUGUCACCAUGCUGUAUUUCCUUCAUGAUGAUUUCACUCUUGAUACAUCUUCGACUGCCUCCUGUAGCUCAGUGUUUUUCGUGUUAUAGCAGGUGUAUGUUGUGUCAUGUGUAUGCUGUACACUCUAUGCAGUACAUAUUUUAGCUGUUUAUUUGUGCAGUGGGCAGUAAGCAUUCCUGCCCAGCGGGGCUAAACUGGGCCCCUGUCCCCUCCCAGUAUGCUAGGCUCCACCUGAAUGGCUCUUUAUAGGCCCCUGAGCAGCUGUGCACUCAGGAAGUGUUUUGCUCCUCAGGGAGAAAUGUUGAAAACCGCCCUGCAGUGUCACAUGAUGCACAUGUAAAGGUGAAACUGACAUAUUACUAAAUGAUGUAUAACAAUAAAGUACUGCGUGACAUAAGAA